AUGAAGCCAACCAAUUUCCUUUCUUUAACUUUAAUCUUCAUUUUUUUCAUUCUUUUCAACAACAAUUCUAUUGUUUCUGCUGAGAAGGAGAAGGCUAUCGAGUUUGGGUACACGGGGGACAAGGGGCCGUUAUUUUGGGACUUAUUAUCUGAAGAUUCAAAAAUUUGUAAAACUGGUAAAAAUCAAUCACCAAUUGAUAUCACAACAAAACUAUUAUCAGCAAAGAAAAAAAAGGGGCCAAAACCAGACUUUCAAGAUGCUUUAAAUGUCGAAAUAUUUAAUAACGGGAACACAUUAGAAGUAAGCUCGGGCGAAAAAAACAAAACCUUACCGGCUACAAUCGUCACUAGCGACGAUGGUACUUUAUAUAAAUUGAAUCAAUUUCAUUUUCAUACACCUUCCGAACAUCGUAUCAAUGGUGUACAUUUCGAUGUUGAACAACAUUUAGUAUUCAGUAAAGUUAAGGGCAAAAAUCCAAAUGAAAUUGCAGUCGUUGCUGUUUUCUACAAUAUCGGUGAUGAAGAAAAUGUGUUUUUGAAACCAAUUGUCGAAAAUAUUCCAAAGAAAGUCGAAGAAAAGAAUAAAAUUAAAAAGGUUGAAUUAAGUACAUUGAUAAAAGACAUAGAUAGCAUUAAAAACGCAUUCAAUUAUGAUGGAAGCUUAACAACACCACCAUGUACUGAAACCGUUGAAUGGUAUGUCAACAAGGAGCCAUUAUCACUUAGCGUACAACAAUUUAAAGAGAUGCGCGAUGUCAUUGGUUUCAAUUCACGUUUCACACAAUUAAGAAGUGAUGAGUCUGUUGUUAGAAAAAGGUCACUUCCAAAAAUGAGAAGAGUUUUUAGACGAUAG